UCACUUCCGUUUUGUAGUAUCAACAAUACAAUCGUAACAUAAAUAAAUAUGAAAUUAUAUCCAAAAAUUAUAACCGGUACCCUUCAUGCACACAACAAAGAUGCCUGUGAUUGGGGAUGGCAAGGAUACCUGGCUUAUGGUUGCCAAAAUUUGGUUACUGUUGUGGAACCCAAACAUGUCCAGGUUAUUCAAGUACUGGAUAAGCAUAAAGGAGUUAUCACUCAGGUUAAAUGGGCCCAUGAAAAUUACCACCAUGAUCUGAAUUCUCCAUAUACACUUCGCUUGGCAUCUUCAGACACUCAUGGUCACAUUAUAGUAUGGGACGUGGGGCUGGGUAUAGUUAGAUCUGCUUUUGAGGAUGGAAACAAGCCCAUAUUAGGAAUGCAAUGGCUUAGUAAUCAAGAUGCCUGCAGGGAUUUGUUGGUGUGUUUGCAUCCACCAUAUUCCCUUAUUUUAUGGAAUGCUGACACUGGAACCAAACUAUGGAAAAAGUCUUACACUGAAAACCUGCUAAGUUUUACUUUUGAUCCAUUUAGUAGCAAAAAUCUGGCAUUCUUGGGCCAGGAUAGCAUUAUUUUUGUGACUGACUUCAACAUCAACAAAUCACCAUCUAGUAAUGGAAAGAAAUUCUACAUCUCCAAUCCAAGUCAAGCUUCAAACAUGUCACGAUCAGCCAGCACCAACAGCUUAGAGAGAAAAACUUCAACGUCAUCAGCAUCUUCAUCAAAAAAUCUGGCAAAGAGAAUGAGCCGGAUUUUGGUUGGCGAAGCCAAACCCAAAGGGUCUCCUGACGAGGAAAGUGUCACCUUGAAUGAAUGUUUACAGCUGUGUUUUCACCGCUCAUGUAGACACCACCUCAUGCUUCUCUAUCCCAGAGAAAUGUUGAUUCUUGACCUUGAAAUCAACCAAACAGUUGGGAUUAUAGCCUUGGAUAGAUCAAGCUCAUCUUUCACAAAGGUUAUAGCUUGUUGGCAGAGAGAUGUUCUGAUGUGCGUACAUGAAAAUGGCAGUGUUUCAGUUAGAGUUCGGCGCAGAAAUAAUUCUGUAAACACACCUGCUCCAGAAGGGCAUGGAGCUUUUGAUGAUACACCCACACAACUGUCUAUGGAAGUGGCAUAUGACUUACGCUGUCAGUCAGAUCCAUUACGGGUAACAAGACACAACAAGCUGUACUGUUCAUCUCUGUGUCCAGUGUCUGAGAAAGUUAUCUCCCUUAUUAUGAGUGACAGCCGUGUCAUGUUUUGGGAGCUCUCAGCAUUGCAGACAACAGGAAAUGACUACCAUAUCAAUUCACCAUUGAUCGGAGCAGGAUGGGAUGCAAAACCACCAAAACAUGAUGAAAAUAUUCCGUUCCCAGUUUUUUCAAAUGUGCCACACCCACAAUUUUCAUUGUCAGAUUCUAUUGGAACUUCACAGAUAAUAGACAGUGCACUGGACUACACAAACCAGUCUGUACAUUUAAAGUUCCUACUCACUGGACUUAUUAGUGGUGUCUCAGCUCACGUCACAGUCAUGAAGAUGUGCCCGCCACUCACUAACAAAAACAUGGAUGUAUAUCAACCACUUAUAGCACUUGGAACUCACUCAGGGUGUGUACAGAUAGCCAAUGCUGCCAGUGGACAGAUAGAAAGAGAAUACAAUUUACACUCCAGCCCAGUUAGGGGUUUAGAAUGGUCAGGGCUAAAAACAUUUGUGUCGUUUGCAUAUCCUAAUCUGGGGCCAACAAAUCUAGUUAAAAAUGAGCUAAUAAGUAUGGAUUUAACAACAGGUAGACAAGAACAACUGAGAACAAACAGGGAGAGUGAAACUCCUAUAGAAAUGAUUUCGAUUUCACAUUUGAAGCAAUACUUGGUUAUCCUCUUUAAAGAAAAGCCUUUAGAAUUAUGGGAUUUAAGAACACAGACCAUAGUACGUGAGCUUCCUCGCAACUUCCCACGUCCUACUACAGUUGUUUGGUCACCUUCCCACAGUCUAAAAACAUUGAGAAAGAAACUCCUCGACAGUGGGGAGGAUGAUAAAUCAGCCCCAGCAAGCACUCCUGCAAAGAUGACUACAUCAUCAGACUCACAAGAGGGAAAAGAUACGAAGAAUCCUAAGACCUGUGUCAGAGAGCACUUUGUGAUUACAGACAAAGAUGGCACUGUAUUUCAUUUUAUUGUAGAGGGAGCUGCCAUUUCUGAUGUCACAAAGAUCCCACCUGAGAGUGGGUUAGCCCGUAUCACAGCAUUGGCCUGGAAAGGGGAUUGUUUGAUAUUUGGUGAUGCAGAGGGAUUCCAGUGUUUGUGGGACCUGAAAGCUAAAGUGUCAAGGACAACCCCUACUAACCGAGGAUGGAUCAAGAAAAUUAGAUUUGCUCCAGGAAGAGACAACAUGAAGUUCUUUACAUUGCACAAUGAUGGAGUUUUAAUAUGGGACAUUGGUGCAGAAGGGAAGUCCAGUGUUCUUCACUCCAUCAAAAGCCCAAAGGAUAUCAGUAAAGUAGUGGACAUUGACUGGGCCGGCUCUGAUAGACCAGCAUUAAUAACAACACACAGUUCUCUUCAUAUCUGUGAUAUUACAUUGAAAUCUGCCACAUCCACCAUAGAAAAUUGGGAUUUGCCUGAACAGGUAUUCUACCCCCAUCUGUUGACAGCUCGUCAGUCUCAGUUGCUUAAAUGUUUGCUGCAGCACCAAGCCUGGAGAGAGAACUACACAUUGUCCAUCACAGGCGUGUUGGACCAAGACAAGUCUUCUCAAAAGCGCCUUAAUGCACAGCUGAAUCAAAUCGAUAAGGAAUUGGCUGAUUAUCUACCCUUUGCUAAAUUUGGUACUGCUCAUCGGUGUCUUCUCAUAGCCAGAUUGUUUGGGGAUGAAUCUGAAGUUCAUUUUUGGACUGUUGCAUUGUUCUACUUAAGAUACUUCAGAGCUCAUGGACCACUCAAAACUGAGGGUGGAGUUGAUGCUGGUGGAGACAUGUUUAUCCCCCCUACUCCUGCUCACAAAGAGGCUCAUGACCUUGUGGUUUUAGAUGACCAGUCUAGUUUAGAGCAAAACCAAAGUGCUGUAUUUAAAGAUCAGCCUUUGGAACGAUGUUAUGAUACUUUAUGUGACAACCAAAGUUUUAAGAAAUACCAGCUUGACCGGGUGCAUCUACAAGAUAGCAAGCGAGCCACCAUGGAGCACACUCAGAAAUGUGCUGACAGUUAUGUACAGCUGGGUCAAAGUGACAGAGCUGUCCAGCUACUGCUAGAGACUGAAUCAGAAUCAGAUAAUUACUACAUAGAUUGCCUUAAAGCUUGUCUUGUGGCUAGUAUAAGGUCAUCAGGAGCUUCACAAAGUACAAUAAAACUUGUUGCUACAAAUUUAAUUGCUAGUGGGCGUCUCACAGAGGGUGUCCAGUUAUUAUGUUUGAUAAACAAAGGACUUGAUGCAUGCCGCUACUUGCAGACAUAUGGCUCAUGGGACCAUGCUGUGUGGUUGGCUAAGGCAAGUUUAGAAUCCUCAGAAUGUGCAGAGGUAAUGAAAAGAUGGGCUGAAUAUUUAAGUAGCACCCAAGUUAAUCAAAAGAGCAAGUCUGUGCUAGUACUUUUGAGCCUUGGACAGUUCUACAAAGUUCUUGAAAACCUUUACAGCAUGAGGAACUUUGACAGAGCUGUACUUUUCCUUGAAGCUUGCCAGGAGUUUUCUUUACUUCGACAGAGUGAACAGACACAAUCUUUGAUUGAAGCAAUCUACUUGGAGUAUGCUCGUUAUCUAAUUAAUUUGGGUCAUGGUCAAGCAGCAGAGUAUUACUGUCUGAAAGCAGGUGACAAAGCAGAACAACUCCUGAAGGAGGUAAAGAUUCUCUUUUCCUCUGGAUAGCUACUGGCAGCUCUAGGUGAUACUGUCUGCAGUUUUCAUGUUUCUUUCAGUCUAAUUGUUCAACAGGUAACAAACAUUGUAGCAGUAAAGAGGUUUUUGGCCAAAAAUCUUAAAAUGAUUUAGCAGUUAAUGGCAUUAUGUAAAUAUGUGUACUAUUACUAUUACAUUAUGGAUAUCUGUUAAGAAAAUUAAUUUUUUUAAUUAUAAAGAGAUUUGAAAUAACUUUUAAAAAUUUCUGUGAAGUUCAACACACCAUUUAUUGUUGUAUUUUUCUGGUUAUACCUUCUCAAAUGUUUUGAUUUCAACUAAAGACGUGCUAAAAAAGAAUUGAGAAAAAAAGAAGAUAGACCCUGUUUCCAUUAUUUACCAAUACUUCAUUCCAUUUUAAUAUAAAGAAACAAAAAACUAAUUAUGUUGCAUUAUAUUAAUGUUUGUGUAUACAUUUAAAAAUGUAAAAUGAAUAUGUAAUACUGUUUUCUGUUAGAGACUUGUAUACUUUUUGUUAUUCCUAUAUCACAUAGUUUGUUUUUUUAAAUUAUAAAUAUUAUAUUCUGUUUGGAAAUAAUGUAUUGAAUAUAUUUUUAUUUGUUGAGAAAGCCCAGUUUACUGUACCAAUAUUUUGUAAAUUCUUCAUUCACACUGUGAGCAAGUCAGCCAGUGCUAAAUUCUGAGGGUUUUUUUUUUUCUUUUUGAUUUAGACAGGGUUGCUGCUAGUCACAGCUAAUUUUGUAAAUUCAAUCUCCAUUUUGUCUGUUGUUGAAUUGUUUACUGUACAAUAUUUCCAACUGUAAAUAAAAACAAUAUUCAAACCUCUUUUUGGAUGUAAAGGAAAUAAUUGCUGGAAGAUAAUUCAUUACAAGCUUUAUUAGGUUUAUGAAUUGAAAAGUAGAUAAAAAUAAAUCUUUUAUGUCUAAAAAGGCUUUUGAUACAGUAGUCAAAAUGUAUUUUCAUUCCUAGAUUUUAAAUCUUCUUUCAAAAGCUUAAAUUUAUGAUUUAAAAUAACUUUUAAAAUUUGAAACAUUUUAAAAUUGUAUAUUUGGGAUGUAUACUAUAUAUAUGUUUAUAGUUGCAGCCACAUUAGUUGCUUUAUGUGCCUGAUAAUGCUACACCAGUUUAUAGUUUUUCAAUUUGAAUCUUUUAAAAGGGAAACAGAUAGUAGAUUCUAUGUGUUUAUAGAACCAAAUUUAUAUAGUUAUUUUGCUAAGUAAAAAUCUCCAAAGUUAAAACUGUGAUAAACCAGUACUUGUGUGUUACAAAGAGUAGGUUGAAUUAAGUACUGGUGAUAGCUGCUGUGAUUCCUCUGAUGGCUGGGACAUUAAUGCAUGAACCCAACUCCCUUUAUCUUCUUUAAGUUUAAGCUGACUAAUCAACUAAAUUCAGUUUAGAAUGGGAAUUCCAUAUAAGAGAGAUAUUUUUUAAAAAUUGUUGGCAUAACUAAAAUUUUCUUUAAAUUUCUUUAUGGCUGUUCUAUGUUUUUCCUUGUAUUAGAUGAAAAUCUUUAUAUUCUUUACACAUUCGGUUGAACACUUUGGACCAUUUACAACCUGUCAUAUAAUAUGGGACAUUGCUUGUGUAAACCACUACAGAGCAGGCUGCAGAUCCCUUGUUACCACCCUUUACCAACAAGAUUUCCCUCAGAGUAGUCUUCCCUCUUUCAUUUCACUUUGUGCCUUUCUUGCACUUCAUUCUGCACAGACAUGUAGUUCUUGUUUCAGUUUAAUAGGUGAUCUGGCUGGCACUAGGGUCAGCUUAAAUCUAUUAGUAAUAACUCACAACAUCACUUUUGGUAUUUCCUUUAAACGUGUAUUGCCAAAUUGUGUGAUAUUUCAUUUCUCUUCAGCUCCCAUAACUUGAGGUGUAGACAAGUAGUUGACAUUACAAUGUUUUAAUGUUGUUUUUGUAACUUGAUAUAGGAGUUCAGGAAAUCAUAAGUGAUGAGAUAAUCUAACAAAUUUAAGUAAUUCAUUGGAUGAAAUAACCUGCUUCUUACAUUGCCUUUAAAGCUUAAUAAAUGUUGUAAAGUAUUUCACUUUAUUUCUUUUUACUGGUAUUGUGUUUUUAAGUAAUAUGCCUGUGUAAUUGUUACAUAUUAUAAUGUUAAAACUUCAUUUCUGACUUAAAGAUCCAUCAUAUAUAAUUCAUAAUUCAUAUAAUGACUGACUGCAAGAUUAAAAUGGUAAAUUAAUUUUUGCCUACCAAAUGCUGAAGGACAGUGUUUGGAAAUUUCAGCAGUUGUAAUAAACAAUGGACCAUUUUUUUCCAAGAAUCAUAACUCUAAGAUGAAUAGGCACUGAGGAAACCAGCAAAAAGUAUUACCAGACAAGGCAUAUCAUGGAAUCCACAAGGAUUAAAAAAGCAAAUUUGAAACUAAGCAAUAUUUUUUUUUUGGCAUAAAUAUUCAUAAUAAUAAAGAUGUCACGGAAAUCUGAGCCUUCACCCUUUUAUUCCUCUGGGUUUGUGGUGUCUUAAAAAAUCAAACAAUGGGAGUGGCACUAAAAGUCAGUGGAUUAGUGGGACCUACAGUGGCUCUUUCUCAGAAAAAAAAUUAAAAAAAACAAUCACUGAUUUAUCGUAAAGAAAACAAAAUAAAAAACCAGUAGAGACCUGAGGCUGUCAAUAUCUGUAUUUACCAGACCAAUGUUAGGUAAUUACACAAUCAUUUAUCAUGCACUGCAAGCAUUCUACAUCGCCU